AUGCUAAGCGAUCCGAUGGUGAUGCUGACACACUCGGCGCCGUCUGCGCCGUCGCCAUCUACCGCCACCCUACAGCUCCGCGCCUCAACAUGGUGGAGAUGGGGGACGAAGCGGUCCAGGCAAAACGGCGGUCAUGACGGCGGCGCCAUGGACACCGACUCAUCGAAUUCGUCGGCAGCAUCGUCGAGUGUGUCGGCGACCAUAGUGGUGCUGGCCGCGCUGACAGCUGCGACGGCCUCGAUAACAUACCACGUCUACCAGCUGCUGACCCGCAGCAGCUACCGGCACCGUAGCCAGUCUGCGCCUCGUUGUCGCCCCCGCACGAGGCAUGGAGAGGUUUUAGGUUCUUCGCCAGCGAGUGAGAUUACGAUGGAGAGCGUUGACACUGCCGCCCCGCUGUCACACAACACCGCGAGGAGUGGCUCGUCAACAGGUUGGCGCAGCAGCUCAGUUGAUGGCUGCGGCUCCGCAGCAGCGCACGUCGUCGCUCGCGCGAAUCCGUCGUCGGCCGUGGGGUCAGAGGGUGAGCUUCACCAGGGGCGUCUACGCGAGGAGGACGUGGGGGUGAGGCAGCUUUCGCUCAUUCCCGUUGCGGGUAUCGCCACUGACGCCGGUGCUCUCUGCGGCAACCGCGACAUGUCAUUUGGGCAGCACAGUGGGCUGUCCUCGCAGCUGGCCCAUGAUGGCACUGCAGCACUUCAUGACCGGCGCACUACAUCAGCCACGGCUGCCAACCCAUCGUCACCGCCGCCAGCAACUCCCAGGGUGCUCCUGAGCAGCCCGUACGACUUGGAGUCGUACGGACUGCAGGGCCUCGCCGGCGGCGCCCACGGGUGGAGGCGCGUGUUUGGGUUGCUGAAGCCUGAGCCGCGCAGGCGCAGCGAGCGGGAUGGCCCUUUCGCUGAAGAUAGAGAUGCAGCCGUUGCUGGCGCACCUGGCCACCGCGCGCCGCGGUCACUGACGCGCACGUACGAAGACUCCCGCGUUACCGCUAUUGAGGACCCGGCACUGCUGCGGGAGAGUGUCAGAGCCAUUUCGCAGGCCACCGCCGCCGCCGAGACGAAGUCCCCGGCGCAGAGUACGUCAACUGCAGCGAGCAUUUAUCGCAGCGACGCCGUGAGGAGUGACGUCUCGGUGCACAGCAGCACGUCGAGGCAGUCGGUGACAAUGGCGAAGCCGCACGCGGCGCAGUGGUACAGCCACGAUCGGCAACUCUCUUCCCUGACUGCCACCACUGCCGUCUCCACGUCAACAAACGUGUCCACACAGCAGUCGCCUUCGCCACGGCUCAUCUUGCCGGCUGCCGAGGCGCCGACGCCACCGAGUCGCUUUCUUAACUCCCUCUCUUUUCAUGUGCUACACUACCUCAGCUUCUGCGCGAGCCGCAGCACAGGCAGCAACGCUCCUGGAGCCAACACAACAGCCGGUGAGGCGAACUCCAGCACAGCUGGGAGUGGCAUGCACACAAUGUCCACCGCCAAUACGUACGUUACUUCAGCGGCGUUAGCAAUGGCGCAGCGCAAUCUGCAACGGGACAUCUCUGCUUUGGUGGCCGCGACAGCAUCCGUACGGCCGGCGGCCUCUGCAUCUUCGACCUCCUCAGCUUCUCGCACGCACACAGCAUGCUGCUCCACCAUGUCGUUGGUGACUGUGUCUCCGCGGGCUGCUGACACAGCGUUCUGCAAGUCGCAACUGCGGGAUCAGGAGGUGGCGGCGGCGGCGCCCUGCUUAUCGGUCGUCACACUGCACACGAGCAGCAGCCGCAGCAUCGGACAGUCGAGGAAAGGUUUGACAGCAGAGGAGGAGGAGGAGGGGGCGACUCAGCACGUCGUGGGGUCGCGCGUGCUCAUGGAGGAGGAUGGGCAGCAGCAGGGCAUUGGUUGCAGUCCUAACCCUCAGGGCACGGAUGUCUGCCAUGAAGAGCCUGACAGCUCGUGGCAACGCGAUAUCAGUGUGACGCGGAGUGGUAGGAGUCAGUGCGGAGUGAGUAUGCUGGACUCUGCGCAGGAGCGAAAGGUGGCGCCACUGCCGUCGCUUACUGCACCCAGCGGAGUGGCAGCAGCAGCAGUUGGCGCCGCGGCCGAGUGUUGCGUGUCGCCGGUGUUACCCAAGGAGGCGUCCACGGAGGCAUCGGACGCUGCAGGAACCGAGCCGACAGGCGCGCCCCGUUUCCCCCCAAGCACGGCUCACCGUCGCACCAUCGCCGAGCAGCUGGCCGUCCUGACGGGUCGUCGAGAGCAGCAGCGUCUCUACACACAGCAGCUGUUGGAAAGCAGGAGGCUGACCAGGCUUGGCUCUGGGGUCGAAAAUGGGCUGAUGUCCCCCUUGGCCACUUCCUCGUCCCCUACCAACGCGGAUGCUGCUGCGGUACCGACGAUGGACUUCCGUAAUGCGGAGCUCAGCAGCACCGGCACCAGCGGUAUGUGCGGUCCAUCCUCCGGGGCUUCUCAGUACUACACGGACACGGCGCCAGGGGUAUACUACUCCUCCCUGCUGCAGCUGUACCACUACGAGAGCCACGCUUACUCUGAUAUCACAACUGAGGUGCAGCAGUGGAGGCGACAGCGUCAGUGGGACCAUAUUGCGAGUCUCGGCGCAUGCGCCCCCACUACCCCAAAGGCGAGGGUAGGGGAUGAGGGGGUAGUGAACGGGGUACAUACAACAACGAGGAUGGCGACAGGAGUGGCAACGGCAAAGGCCGCAGCUUCAAGACGCUCUAUGGAGCGUUCGGCGGUCGAGACGAGCCUCACGGCCGCCACGGAGGCCGCCGCGGCUCUCAAGGCCUCUGCAUCGGCAGGUACUGCUGGGCUGACAUCCGGCGUGGGCAGCGUAGCCCCACUGGGCCAGCCAAAGCUGGCGUCGCCGUCAAACGAGCGCCGCGUUGAUGACUUGACUGUGAAGCAGCAGGAUGAUGGCUCGGCCUCGUAUUCGAUCUCCCUUACUUACCACGACAGCGAAACCGGCACCUCGCGCACAGUGAAGACGAGCGCGCUACCGCCGCUGCGCCGUUGUGACGCAGGGGCGCCGCCUCCUGGUCUCUCGUCUCUCUCCGGCGGCCCAGCCGUGCGGCCGGCCCCACACCCGACCCACCCAGCAGCCAUGGCAGCGGCGCUAACCUCGCUGGCGGCCGGUGUUACGUUUCACACCCACUCACGCAGCGUCAGUGGUGGUGCGGCCGCUCACGCACGUGCCGCAGGUUCUGCGCUAGCGCUUCCCGAAAUGGUCACCGCGACGGGGAAGUCACUGCUUCACGCUCAGCGGUGUCGAGCAUUCAAUGCAGAGGACAAGAAUGCCGCGUCGACGACGCUUUGUCUUGCUGAGGAGGCGAGGGCUAGUGGUGAGCGACCGAGGCUGGCGGCGCGCAGCAGCAGUAGCGCUGGCGGCAUCCUGAAGUGUUGUAACUCCUCGGUACCGGCGCUGGCAGCAGCUGAUGCAGCGAGCGCUAACCCUCCGUGCAACACGGAGGCUACAGCCACCCCCGGCAGGAUACUCCCGUUUGCUGCGCCGUUGCCGCCUACAGAGCCGCAGCAUGGCCCCCGGUUGCGGGGUGUCGCAGGGCGCAAUGGCGAGAUGGCGAUUGGCGCCUUCCUUGGAGGUGGCGCCUGUGGCAAGGUGUACGAGUGCCUUAACACAGAGACCGGGCAAGUGCUGGCCGCGAAGCAGAUCGUCUUCGAUGCGAAGGACCGGAGGCUACGGACACGGUUGAAGCAGCUGGAGCUCGAGCUGGAGGUACUGACACUCGCAGCGCGUCAUCACGUGCCGUGGAUUGUGGGUUUCUUCGGUGCCGAGAAGCGCGGUCACUCAGUCCUCAUGUACCUCGAAUACUGCCGGUACGGCUCCUUGCUGGAUUACAUGGUGGAAGGCAACAGCGCUGACGCUGCGGUGUGGAGCCCCAGCGCUGCUCCUGAUGGUGCUGCUCCGCAGUUGUUGACUGGCCAUGCCGGCGGCAGCUCAGGCCGUAGCUUCGACGCCAAUGGCAGCCCACCAGUCGCUGCAGUAGAGACGCGGGGGCGGAAUGCCGACACCAUGAACAACGCCGCCAACAGUCUGAUUACGAAUUCCCCACCUCAGGGUCUGCGCGAGGUGCGCAAGCGUCACACCCAGCCAGCUGCCGCGCCAACACUGAGUUGCCAAGAACAACAGCGGCAGCAGCAGCAGCAAACCACAGAUGUCGGUUCUACCACUACGGGGGAAGUUCAGAGGGAGGAGACGGAGGCAGCUGCAACGUCUGGUCACGCUUCCCCGUACGUCUGCACGCGCCAGGAAGAGAGUGUUGAGGGUGAAGAGUACGCUGCGCAUCGUGGGGAGGCUGGCCUCGCCGUCGCCGCCGCUUCCGUCUCUUCGUCAGCCAGCUCUGUUGUCUUCUCCGGCUCGGCGUUGGACACGAUGCCGCUCAGCGAGGCGCUAAACCCUCAGAUGCCGCCCUUGUCGAUCGAGCAGGCGCAGCGCUUCGCGAAACAAAUCGUCGAGGGUCUUUGCUUUCUGCAUCAGCACAACUACGCCCACCUCGAUGUGAAGACGGCGAACGUGCUCGUCGCGGCUGACGAGGAGUGCCGCUUAGCGGACCUCGGGUGCGCUAUGCGCCUCCAGCCACCGCCACCGUCGUCACUGUGGCAGCAGCAAGGUGGGCCGGCAGGGACGGGCAACCCUGUGAAGGGAGGCCCCGACGGCGACCUUGAUGAUGCCUUGUCGCCGCCCCCCUACCCAGUGUUGGUAGACCGAGACGCCAUCACCGAACUUCGCGGCACGGCCCUUUACAUGGCGCCAGAGAUGAUCCGCUUCGAGAGCCACGUCAUCGGCAGUCCCGCCGAUGUGUGGUCGCUGGGAUGCGUCGUGAUGGAGAUGACGACUGGCUGCGCCCCCUGGCGGCACAUUUCUAAGGACAAACUGCGCGUACUAUACCGUAUCGGCUCGGCACGCGAUGAGUUGCCGUUGCCGCCGCUCAUACAUGCAUGGGCGGAGAAGGCCAGAGAGUGGCUGGCGCAGGAGCGUCUGUCGGCAGCGGCUGCUGCUGAGCAGCAGGAUGUGGUGGAGGCAUGUGCGAUGGAGGCAGACGACGUUGCUCAAGCGCCUUGCAGCUGCUCAGCUACGAAAAUGUACCCAGAGGACAGCGAUGUUGACCGAAACAACGAUGUCGUGUGCGGCAACCGCGACAAGGCGGCUUCAGACAAGCUUGGUGAACCGUGCUCGAGUCGCCGGCGCCUCGAGCAGGGCGCGUCUGGUAGCGAUAGCAGCAGCAUGGCGGUGGAUCGUGCUGGCAAGCAAGGGCCUCCAGCUUUCAGUGUUGUGGACACGAGCCGCAGCAGUUGCGAAGACAACGCCACGCAGCGAUCCUGGUCGUCCUUGGCCCCGGAGAUGCCAGCUGCUCUAAGCACCUUUACCACUAGCGCUCGCGCCAGCGCAUCGUCCUUGUCCUUCGCACGCGUUGUCUCUGCGCCGACCGCGGGUCCGCUGAUCGACCCGACCAAGGGCGGUGACGAGAAUGCCGCGGCUGUCGAAGCCGAGGAGCGGCUCUUCCGGGGCCAAUCGCGCGUCAUGCGCCUCUACGUGGCACUGGAGGACUUCGUUGCCGCGUGUGUGAAGUUGCGACCAGAGGACCGCAGCAGCGCGGCAGAGCUUCUCCGCCAUCCUUUCCUGACUCUCUGCAAAGAUGAUGUGUAG